CAAAAUAACAUGUGACAAAGCCAUGGUAACAUUUAAUAUACAUCAUUAUCAGAUGUGAAUGACAUGGAUCUCUCUAAAUCUCCUCCAGAUGGUCCAAAGAAUACCUCUGUGUCAGUGAGUCCCUCUGCUGAGAUAGUGGAGGGCAGUUCAGUGAAUCUGACCUGUAGCAGUGAUGCUAACCCAGCAGCUAACUACACCUGGUACAAGGAGAAUGAAGACUCACCAAAAGCAUCAGGACAGAUCUUCACCAUCACUGACUUCAGAGCUGAACACAGUGGGAAUUAUUACUGUGAAGCCCAGAACAGAAGAGGACGUCAGAACUCCACCUUACAUCUGACUGUUGUAGCAGGAGCAAGUCCGUUAAUAGCUGCUGGAACAAUCAGUGUUGUUCUCCUGGCUGUCCUAUCCCUCUCUGUCUUCCUGUGGAUCAGAAAGAGGAGGGCUUCCAGGGACUCGUCUGGACCAGACAACAGGGAACAGUGUGUACCUGAUCAGAGUGAGCCAGAGGAGCAGGUUGACCUUCAGUACGCCACCAUCCACGUCUCCAACAGCCAGGCAGAUCCUCUGUACUCCAACAUCAGAGCUGCUCAGCCCCUCAGACACAGGGAGCAACAGGAAGCUGUUGAGUACGCUGCUGUCAGGUUCAACAGUGACAGUACUGCCCCGAGAACCAGAGGUCGGGACACUGGAGAGGAUCCAGCUGCUUUGUACAGCACAGUCAACAACAUCCGAUGAACACAACAGGCAUUUCAUUUAUAGUCUGAUAUUUCUAUCUUUUUUCCAAAAAAAUUAUUUAAAUUAAUCAGGUAACCAUUGAUUUUUCUAUAUUGUAUUUUCAGGAUGGCCCUCUCCAAGAAUGUACAAAGAGACAAUUAUAAAUCUUAUAGAAACUUAAAUGUAUUACUUAAACCGAAACAUAAACCAGUGUUCAGUUAUUUUACUCUGUAUGAGUCAGCUCUAAAGAAUGAGUUAAGUAUUUCAUGAUUUAUUUCGUUAAAUUGUAUAUAUGCUAUGAAAGGACAAUAUUCAGUGACCUUUUACGUGUGGUUUGAAUUAGUCUCUAACUGGUCUUCCUCCCAAACGUCCCCGUUCAGACGCUAAAACAUACAUGAAGUAGUUGUUAAUGCAACAAGGGAUGUGAUCCCCAACUGGCUUCCCACCUACAAACACUGGAAGUUGUUUUUGUUGGAAAGCACGGUCAAGCCAACAAUGGUAAUGUUUUCGUAUUUCUUUUUAAAUUUCUUUUUGUAUGGAUAUAUUUGAUGGUGACGGUAGAGAAAAAGUCAGAAAAUGUGAGGAGAAAGUUAUACGGAGUGUCUAUUUGCACCCCCGGUACGAAUAGCCUCGGCCACACAGCUGAGCUAUUCACACCCUGUGAC